AAGUUUGGAGACUCUUUGACACAAAAGGUGGAUAUGAGCAAAGUCAAACUUGACGUUAUUAAACCAUGGAUCACAACGAAAAUCACACAAAUUCUGGGGAUGGAGGACGACGUAGUGGUAGAAUUUGUAUAUAAUCAACUGGAAGAAAAGUAUAAGUAGAGACCGUUGGUGGGGCUCAACCCUAUUGUCCAAAUGGCAUUCGGAUGUGCUCCUCUCUACAUCCGAUUGGCCGCCUUUCUAUCAGCCGUCCAACGCUAGCCGAUGUCGAGCUGGUAUAUCAUCAACAUCGUCUUAGAACCACUGCUGAAACUUCAGCCUCAGCAGUUCAUCAUUCGUCAGCAUCGGAUCGAUCGAUUGUCAUCGUCACCGGAGAACCUGGCGUACUCACAAUAAUAUUCUCGUCGCAUCGAGCUGUUCCUGCUCUUCUCGUCCUUAUACGGAGCUCUGCCCGAGGUCUUCUACGAUUCUACAGAUGUCUUCGUUGCUGUAAUGCACCGUCUACUAGCUGCACUGGCUGAUGUCUUCACCUGCACAUGUGGCUGCCUCGUUCGAGGUAGUUGCAUCCCGAUGCUGCAACUGCGAUAGCUGUGUCACAGCUUUCAAACAUCGAAUAGCUGCCUGCCUUCCGAACUCGGCCAAUGAGACAUCACCCGGUGCUGGGCAUAAUGCGGCCGCCAUGGUCAACGUAUCAAGGACAUCGACACUGCCGGAUCGUCCAGGACGCAGAUUUCUUCGUUCUACGCAUCUUCCCCGACAACCCGAAGAAUCGAGGAUCUUGCAGGUCUGUUCGCCGUCUUGCCAUCACACCAAGACGCGAUUGAGUCGCGGACGACGCCCUGGAGGUAUCUCUACUUGGUUUGACACUCUUUGUCAACGUCACAGUUCCCGGAUCCCCGAAAAAUGCAGAUCAACCUCACAGGUUUCCUCAAUGGUAGAAAUGCCCGAUCUUUCAUGGGUGAAUUAUGGGACCUUUUGGUCUCCGCUCAAGAAAGUGUGACGGGUAUUCCGCUGGCUUUCUUACAGCAGAAAAAAGAUCAAAUUAAAAAACGUUUGGAGGAGCAAGAGAAGCUUCAAGCUUCACUGGCAGAGAAGGAGAAGGAGAAAGAGAGGGAGAAAGAAAAGGAUGAAGCGGAAAACAAGAUAAAGAAAGAAGACAAAGAACGUGGCUCCUCCAAGGAGCGAAGAAGGGACAGAAGCAGAGACCGUGACAGAGAUAGAAGCAAAAGGAGUCGAUCGAGAGAUCGGCACAGGGACCGCGAUAGAUCCAGUCGCAAGCGUCGCUCGUCUUCAAGGUCGCCUAGCAAAAACUCCUUGAAGGACAACGGGAAGGACAUGCCGGAGGUUAAAGUUGAACGGGAGGAUUCACCUCAACCGGAAAAUGCUAUACCAUUAAUGCCUGUGAAGACGAAACCGGAAGCUGCCGUCGCGAUAUCCCGAUUACAAGCUAAGUUAAUGAGCAUCGCCGAUGGAAAGAAGAAGAACAAUCGUACUCCGUCUCCCGAGUCGCUGGAGAAAGCGAAGAAGUCCAGAUCCAGAUCUAAGUCCCCAGUAAGCCGUUCCAAAAAGUCCAGAUCCAAAUCGCCUAGCAGAGACUCGAAGACCAGACGUUCCAGAUCGCCAGCGUCCAAGUCGAGGCGAUCUCGCUCAAAGUCGAGAUCCAGACGAUCCAGAUCCAGAUCAAAAUCCAGAAGAUCGAAGUCCAGAUCGCAGGAUCGCUCGAAGUCUAGGCGAACAAAGUCGAAGUCGCCGAGAUCACGAUCAAGAUCGCGUUCGCGAUCGAAGAAGUCGAGGUCCAAGAGCAACGACAGAAGUAAAUCCAGAAAGUCGAGGUCCGACUCGAGCGACUCCAGAUCGUCGAAGUCUCGGUCGAAAUCGCCCGACAAGAGGAAGGAUAAUCUCGACUCCAACAGGAAACGAGACGCUAGUACAAGCAGCACCUCCGAGUCGGAAGAAGACAAAGGCGCGAAGGAUAAGAACGAUUUCGAGAUUCGAAAGAAGAAGAAUGGAGUGCAGGCUAAGAGAUCGUACAGAAAGACGAAUAAAGACGACAGCGGUAGCGAAAGCGACUCGAGUCGUGAGAGGAAAUCAGUGCCUAAGCGAAGAAGCCCUACCCCGCGGAAGGACAGAGGUCGAUCCAAGGACAGAGAUAGGUCUCGGGACAGAUCACGGGAUAGAUCUCGUGACAGAUCACGCGAUCGAUCUCGAGAUAGGAACAGGAGGAGAUCCAUCGACAGAGAACGAGAGAGACGACGAGAACGGGAACGGGAAAGGGAGCGGGACAGACUAGACAGAUACAGUGGCAGCCGUAGUAUGCGGCCUCCGUCUGUGCGUCGAGCACCCAGUAGAAGAAGAAGCCCACCACGUCGAAGUCCAGCAAGAUAUCGACGAAGAUCGCCUAGCCCUGGUGAUAGACGCAGAAGAAGAUCUCUGGAUCGUAGACGAAGAUCAUCGGAGAGGCGAGACAGGCGUCGAUCCCCGGAUCGUCGUGACAGCAGACGUCGUUCACCAGACGGCCGGGAUCGAUCCCUCAGGUACGAUAGAUCUUCCUCGCGCGACAGAUCGAGUAGGCGGGACCGUUCCAGAGACAGGGACAGAAGGGAUAGAGAUCGAAGAUCUAGAUCUAGGGAUCGUAGAUCAAGAUCGAAAGAUCACAGAUCAUCAGUGGAUCGUUCGAGGGAUGAGAAACGAUCUCCCGAUCGUUCACGGGACGCUAAGGACAAGACGAAGGACAAGAAGGUGGACGAAAAAAUUAAAAAAUCAACUGAUACGGGAUCGCGAAAAGAAUUGCGAAACGGAAGGUCUAAGUCGAGUAGCUCGGAAAGUAGCGAAAGUAGUUCCUCUAGCAAUGAGGAUGAAGCGAUCAGAAAAUCGCUUGAGCGGAAAUCGUCUCAAGAGAAGCGAGAGCACACGGAUGACAAACGUAAAGAGAAAGAGAAGACCGUCAAAGAAGAGCCGAUCAAACGCCCGGAGAAAGAGGUAAAGAAACCUGAAACCGCGUCCGUCAAAAAACCAGAUCCCAGCGUUUCUCCGAAGAAACUUCAGCCUACAACUCUGCCUGUAACUAGACACAGAUUUUCGAAGAGCUUAUCUCGAACGCCGUCACCGUUUAAAAAGACAGAAGAUAUCAUAGCCGCAGUGAAAGUGAAACCACCUUCGAAGCAAGUAGAAGAGCAUAAAGAAGAAUCACCAAAGGAAGAGUCGAGCUUCGCGUCUGGAGAUGCUUUCCCUUUGAAAAAGGACGACAAGUCGAUCAAAUCGAUCAAAGCAGUGACCGAGGAAAAGAAAUCUAGCCAGAAGACUUCGGAACCAGUCCUUAUGAAGAAACCCAUUGAAGUGAUCAAGAAAUCGAAAAGGGAAAAACGUGAUGGUUCUACGGAUUCGAACGAUAGCGAAAGUGAAGGCAAGAAGAAAUCGAGGAAGUUGGACAAAUCUCGGAAAUCUAGGAAAGCUUCUACGGAUGAAGAGAAAUCGGACAAAGGAGGUUCCAGCUCAGACUCCGAAGAGGAGAGGAAACACGUCGAAAAAAAUAAGAAGAUUAGAGACUCGAAUCGAGGAGAUUCAUUAGAUGAACGUGCCAAGGAUAAAAAGGAUAGCAGAAAACGAGACGCUAGCGAGAGCGAGUCUCGCAAACGGUCGAAGAAAGAAGCUGAAGAAGAAACGAAGAAAUCGAAGAGAUCUAGGAAAGAUUCAUCUUCGGGCGAUGACGAUCAGAAAACAAAGAGAGGUAAGAGCGAAGACGACAGGUCCUCCAGACUACGGAAAUCCAAGAAGGAUUCAAGUUCAGACGAUGAACCAAAGAAGACACGGAAGAGGAGAGACAGUUCUUCGGAAGAUGAGAAGUCUAGAUCUCGAAAAUCAAGGAAAGAUUCGACGAGUGAAGAUGAAGGAAAAACCCGCCCAAAAAAAUCUAAACGAGAUUCGAGUACGGAUGACGAAGAUGUAGGAGAGAAGGAUACGAAGAAGAAGAGGAAAAACGAUGACAGUUCAGACGAGGAAAAAGUGAAGAAGAAACGUAAAAAGAAGACAAAAACUAGUACUAGCGAAUCGGAGGAGAGCGAAGUGGAAGAGAAGAAAAAGAAGAAGGAUAAAAAGCACAAGAAGCACAAGAAACAUAAAAAGCACAGGAAACACAAAAAGAAGAAGGUUGCGGAUUCUGACGAAUCCGAUGUAAGUGAGGGGAAUACUGAGGAACUGGAGAAAAAAUUACGGGAAAAAGCUUUGAAAUCAAUGAAAAAGGGUCACAGUAUAGAGAGAAGUGAUUGAGAAUUCGUACGAUUUAUUACGAAGCGUGUGUAAUGUGUGUAUACCUCUAUUGCAAUGCACUUGCUCUAACUGUAUCACAAGUACGUUUCCGUUCAAUAUUAACGAUAAUAGAAUUUUAUUGUAUCACAAUAUUUUCUUGUGCAAAACGAGUUUGGCAUUCUUAAAAGUUCAUUGUGAGGGAGCCCUAAUUUUUACGAACCCUAAACUUAAGCUUACGAUUCACCUCGUAAUCGUAAUAGUUGUUCGUUUUAACUUAGCGAAAUGGAAAUAGCAUAUACCUUAUUGUAAUAGGGACAGUAAUUUCUUGUGCCACUUUAAUGUACGAUUUUUACAUUUUUCAAGACGUUGAUACAGCUGAGCGAAGAAAAGAUGUCACCUUUUGGUUAAGGAGUUCAUUUUAUGAAUUACUGUUCAUUGUAUAGAGCGAUGAAUUUAGUUAGUAAAUCUAAUUUGUGUAAAAAUAAGUUUUCAUCGAGUUAUCUAUAUUAAGAUUAAAAAAAAAGAAAAAAAUAAAUUACGUCUUGAAGAAAAA